AUGUCUGCGCACAACACAAGCAAAGCCACCGAUACCAGUUCCUCCUCUGCGCCAGCGCGCUCGGCCGAGUGGGAUGAGCUGCAUCGCACUCUGAACUCGACCGGAGAUGCGAUUCGUCGUCAAGUGGUGGGAGAAGAGUACGUCAACCGAGCCUUGGCCAACGCCAGCGAGUUUAUGAUGCCGAUGCAGCAGCUCGCAACCGAGUACGCGUGGGGCGGCAUCUGGUCUCGACCGGGUCUGGCACGACGCGAUCGCAGCAUCCUCAAUCUGGGCAUGCUGGCUGCUCUGGGCAGGUCGACAGAGUUGACAACGCACGUGCGAGGUGCGCUCAACAACGGAGUCACCGAGAUCGAGAUUCAAGAGUGUCUGCUGCAGGUGGCGACGUACGUCGGCAUGCCAGCAGGGCUGGAGGCGUUCAGGGCGGCCGACAAAGCGGUGCAAGAGUGGAAGUCGACCAACGCCGGCGCCUCGAAAGUCGAGCAAAAGUAG